AUGGAGGGUCAUGCUGCUGCUCCUGAUCGAGAGGCUUCGGACAACAUGUGUUGUACUUUUGAUCUCGUGCAUUUUGGCAAACGAGCAGAUAUAAUAGAGAUUGAUAUGGAUAAUCCGAAAGUAAUAGUGACAGGUUAUGUAAAUCAAAGUAAAGUUUUGAAGUUUGUAAGCAGAAUUGGUAGACAAGCUGAGUUUUGGCCAUCUAGAUAUGAUGAUGCAGCUGCGCUUUUUAAUGAUGAUAAUGUUCAUGCUUGCUUGGUUAUGUAA